AAAUCAGCCCACCCAGCUUUGUCUGCGACCCUGACGGCCAUUUUCUCGCCAAUUUGCUCAUUGGUUCUCGUCGCUAUUUCCGUCUCUACUAGGCAAAAAUCCUUGCCCUCCACGCUUCCACCGAGGACGAGAAGAGUCACUCUUUUGACUGACUCUCUCUCUCUCUCUCCCACUUUUCUCUCUGUGGACUACAACAGACUCUGUUUGUCGUCUCUUUUCUAUAAAAACAGGACAAUGCCGCUCGCCGUUCCUCUUCCAAGCCCCUUAAAAAAGAAAACUUUGAGCAACCCAUUUGCGAGGAAGAGAGCUUAGCCAUGGAAAAUUUCGAUUCACCAAAGCAAGGGUUUCUAGCCGCUCUUCUCUCUACCUAUUCGUCAUGGUCAGGUGUCAAUGACUUGUUUCUCCUGAGACCCAUUUUCCUACAUGGGCUUUCGGGUUCAUUGCACCUGGUUUUGUUGCUCGCCUUGUUCUUCUGGUUCCUGAGGAGUAAAUUCAGGGCUGGUGAUGAUCCUGGUGGCGGCUCCAUUGAAGGUUCGUCAGGUAAGCACAGGCGGGGUUUGUGUUACAACCUGACUGUGCUCUGUUCUCUGGGUGUUUCGUUGUUCAAUCUCGGGUUUUGUCUGUUCAGUUACUUCUAUUGGUAUAGGAAUGGGUGGUUGGAAGGUGAUGAGUUUGUGACCCUAUUGGAUUUGAUUCUUCGAACUUGUUCUUGGGGUGUGCUUACUGUUUUUCUGCACACCCAAUUUGCAAAUUCAGCCGAGAGAAAGUUCCCAUUUUCCUUGAGGGUUUGGUGGGGGUUUUAUCUCGCAGUCUCCUGUUAUUGCCUCGCUGUGGACCUUGUUCUCUACAGCAAUCUCCAAGCCUAUUCGCAGAUACCAAGUUUGGUUUCUGAUGCCGUCUCUGUGUUCUUUGGUCUGUUUCUCUGUUAUGUUGGGUUCUUCAGAAGCAUGAGUGAGAGUAACACACUUCUGGAAGAGCCACUAUUGGGUCAAGAGUCUAGCUUAGGGAAUGGUUUAGAGCCAAAAGUUUCCAGAGGGGAUGACACUGUCACUCCUUAUUCAGAUGCUGGUGUUCUUGGUCUUUUUUCUUUCUCCUGGAUGGGUUCUCUAAUUGCCCUUGGCAAUAAGAAAGCUCUAGACCUUGAGGAUGUUCCUCAGCUUUAUAAAGAUGAUAGUGUUGUUGGGGCAUUCGCAUCUCUCAAGGAAAGGAUUGAAUCUGAUGGGGGAUCUGUUAGUGAAGUCACAGCUUUCAAGCUUGCUAAGGCAUUGUUCUUUACAGCUUGGAAAGAGAUCCUGUUGACGGCUUUUCUAGCCCUGUCGUACACUGCAGCAUCUUAUGUUGGUCCAUAUCUCAUAGACUCUUUUGUUCAGUGCUUGAGUGGGCAAGGGGAUUAUAGGAAUCAAGGGUAUGUCCUGGCUUCUGUGUUCUUGGUUGGCAAGAUUGUUGAGUGCAUCACCCAAAGGCAAUGGUUCUUUAAGUUGCAGCAGAUUGGCAUGAGAAUGCGUGCAGCAGUGGUUGCGAUGAUCUACAACAAAGGGUUGAGCCUCUCGUGUCAGUCGAAGCAGGGCCAAACUAGUGGAGAGAUCAUCAACAUCAUGACGGUGGAUGCUGAGAGAAUCGGCGACUUCGCUUGGUACAUGCAUGAUCCAUGGCUGGUUAUUUUGCAAGUCAGCCUGGCCUUGUUCAUACUGUACAGGAACUUGGGACUUGCUUCUAUAGCAACCCUGAUUGCCACUAUAGUUGUAAUGUUGCUGAAUUUUCCUUUGGGGAGAUUGCAAGAGGGAUAUCAGGACAAGCUGAUGAAGUCCAAAGACAAGAGAAUGAAGGCAACGUCUGAGAUUUUGAGGAACAUGAGAAUUCUGAAGCUGCAGGCUUGGGAGAUGAAGUUCCUGUCCAAGAUUAUUGAGCUGCGGAAGACAGAGGCAGGAUGGUUGAAACGAUAUGUUUACUCUUCAGCUUUGAUUAGUUUUGUCUUCUGGGGUGCCCCUACUUUUGUCUCUGUCAUCACCUUUGGUACCUGCAUGCUUAUGGGCAUCCCAUUGGAGUCUGGGAAAAUCCUAUCAGCUCUUGCAACCUUCAGGGUUCUUCAGGAACCCAUCUACAAUCUUCCUGACACCAUUUCAAUGUUGGUUCAGAUGAAGGUUUCGGUUGACAGGAUUGUAGCUUUCUUGCGUCUCGAUGAUCUGCCAGAUGAUGUUGUGAAGAGGCUUCCAAGAGAGGCUUCUGAUACUGCUAUUGAGAUUGUUGAUGGAAGUUUCUCUUGGGAUUCAUCUUCACCAAACCCCACUUUGAGAGAUGUGAACCUGAAGGUGGACCGUGGGAUGAAGGUUGCAGUUUGUGGUACUGUUGGUUCAGGCAAAUCAAGUUUGCUCUCCUGCAUUCUGGGAGAGGUACCAAAGAUAUCCGGCACCAUCGGGCUGUGUGGGUCAAGGGCUUAUGUUUCUCAGUCACCUUGGAUACAGAGUGGCAAGAUUCAGGACAACAUUUUGUUUGGCCAAGAGAUGGACAAAGAAAAGUACGACCGAGUACUGGAAGCUUGUGCACUGAAGAAGGACCUGGAGCUCUUUUCAUUUGGUGAUCAAACAGGGAUUGGUGAGAGAGGUAUCAAUCUGAGUGGAGGACAGAAGCAGAGAAUUCAGAUUGCUCGUGCCCUCUACCAAGAUGCCGACAUCUACUUGUUUGAUGAUCCUUUCAGUGCCGUGGAUGCUCAUACUGGAUCUCAUUUGUUUAAGGAAGUCUUGCUGGGACAUUUGAGUUCCAAAACUGUGGUGUAUGUCACACAUCAAGUUGAAUUCUUACCCGUUGCAGAUCUAAUUUUGGUAUUGAAAGAUGGAAGGAUAACUCAGGCUGGAAAGUACAGUGACAUUCUGAACUCAGGAUCAGAUUUUAUGGAGCUUGUUGGUGCACAUAAGGCCGCUUUGUCUGCGAUAGAUUCCAAAGCUUCGGAAUCUGAGAAUGGAAGCACUGUCAGUAAAGAAAAUGGCGACAUGAGCAACAGCAACGGGAUUGAGCAGAAAGAUGGAGACAAGGUAUUGCAAAAUGGUAAAGAAGAAGAGACAGGCGGGCCACAGGGUCAGCUUGUUCAAGAAGAAGAGAGGGAGAAAGGAAGAGUUGGAUUUUCAGUCUACUGGCAGUAUCUCACCACAGCAUAUGGAGGAGCUCUUGCACCACUGGCAGUGCUUGCACAUUCCAUGUUUCAAAUCCUACAGAUUGGCAGCAACUAUUGGAUGGCUUGGGCAACUCCAGUGUCAGCGGAUGAGGAGCCUCCUGUUCCUCCAAUGACACUGAUAGCUGUAUACGUAGUUUUGGCUGUUGCAAGCUCUCUGUGCAUCCUAGGAAGAUCCACAAUCCUUGCAGCCAUAGCUUACAAAACCGCAACCCUGCUCUUCAACAAGAUGCAUAUGUCCAUUUUCCGCGCUCCCAUGUCAUUUUUCGACUCAACGCCUAGUGGCAGGAUACUCAAUCGAGCUUCCACUGACCAAAGUGCUGUGGAUCAGCAAAUUCCUUACCAACUUGGCGCAACUGCCUUCUCAAUAAUACAGCUUCUGGGAAUCAUUGCAGUGAUGUCUCAAGUGGCAUGGCAAGUUUUUAUCGUAUUUAUUCCUGUUAUUGCUAUCAGCAUCUGGUAUCAGCAAUACUACAUACCAGCAGCUAGAGAACUCUCACGGCUUAUUGGAGUGUGCAAAGCUCCAGUGAUCCAACAUUUUGCUGAAACAAUUUCAGGCACAAGCACCAUAAGGAGCUUUGAUCAACAACCAAGAUUCAAAGAGACCUCUAUGAAACUUACAGAUGCAUAUUCCCGCCCCAAGUUUCAUACUGCUGGAGCAAUGGAAUGGCUUUGUGUUCGCUUGGACUUUUUCUCUUCUAUUACAUUUGCCUUCUCUUUGUUUUUCUUGAUCUCUUUCCCUGGAAUAGAUCCAUCCCUUGCUGGCUUAGCGGUGACAUAUGGACUCAAUCUAAACAUGAUUCAAGCUUGGGUGAUAUGGAAUAUCUGUAAUCUGGAGAACAAAAUCAUAUCAGUAGAGAGAAUCCUUCAGUACAUUUCUAUUCCAAGCGAGCCUCCUCUUGUAAUAGAAGAGAGCAAACCAGACCCUUCUUGGCCGUCACAUGGAGAAGUUGUGAUUGAUGGGCUGCAGGUUCGAUAUGCUCCACAUUUGCCACUUGUGUUGAGAGGUCUUACCUGCACAUUUGAAGGAGGAAAGAAAACAGGAAUUGUGGGCAGAACGGGCAGUGGUAAAUCAACCCUUAUACAGACACUUUUCAGGAUUGUGGAUCCAACAGCUGGGAGGAUUACCAUCGAUGGCGUUGACAUCUCAUCGAUUGGACUCCACGAUUUGCGGUCAAGGCUCAGCAUUAUACCUCAAGAUCCAACCAUGUUUGAAGGGACUGUAAGAAGCAACCUGGACCCUCUUGAGGAAUAUUCUGAUGAGCAGAUUUGGGAGGCUCUGGAUAAGUGCCAACUUGGAGAUGAAGUUAGGAAGAAGGAGAAAAAGCUGGAUUCUGCAGUUACUGAGAAUGGAGAGAACUGGAGUAUGGGGCAGAGACAGUUAGUAUGUCUUGGCCGUGUUCUGUUGAAAAAGAGCAAAGUGUUGGUUCUGGAUGAAGCUACUGCCUCAGUAGAUACAGCCACUGAUAAUCUGAUUCAGCAAACACUUAGACAACACUUCUUCGAUUGCACAGUUAUCACCAUUGCCCAUCGAAUAACGUCUGUUCUUGAUAGUGACAUGGUUCUUCUGCUCAGUCACGGCUUGAUUGAGGAAUAUGAUACACCAGCAAGAUUGUUGGAGAACAAGUCGUCCUCGUUUGCUCAACUUGUAGCGGAGUACAGUGAGAGGUCGAAAGAACAGUAUUGACCCAACCAAAGCUGCUUAAAAGACCAUCUACUGACUGCAGAUAGCCAUAAGUUGUGCCUGCUCUGCUGGUGAUGAUGAUGAUGAAAAUGUUGGUAAUGCUGUAGUAAUGAAGGGGAGAGUUUUGGGAGUUACGGUUAGGCACGAGUUUCUUCCCACUUAAGUUGCUGCAUCUUAAGAUGUUGCAGCUUUUAAAAUUGCUGUGUCGUUUAAAAUUGCUGGACCGACCAGUUUGCAGACUAAUACCACCAGUAAUGAGUCACUGAACUAACUCAU